GGUCUAAGUAACAGUAUGAAGAUGUGGACCGUGAUUCUGGUGUCGCUUUUACUGGCUGCAAUGUCGACGGCUCAGCAGCAGAAUGCCACAACACUCACAGAGCCUUUGGUGGAGGUGCAUCUCCGGCAGGGCGUGAUCUCAGGGGCCCGGUCAGAGGCCGGAAACGGGAGGGUCUUCUACAGCUUCAAGACCAUUCCUUUCGCAGAACCUCCUGUCGGGGACCUAAGGUUUAGGGACCCUGUUCCUGCGGGGCCAUGGACAGGAGUAAGAAAUGGGUCCAUCGCCUCACCGAAAUGCCCACAGUUGGGCAAUUCUGCUGUUGAGGGAGUAGAGGACUGUCUCUAUCUCUCCGUCUACACUCCUCGGCCUUACUCUUCGGACUUGCCUGUCAUGGUGUGGAUUCACGGAGGAAAAUUCAGGAACGGACACAGCGAGCUCUUCGGGCCACUUCCUCUCCUGACGAAGGAUGUGGUCCUCGUGGUCAUACAGUAUCGGCUGGGCACUCUGGGAUUCUUAUCGACUGAGGACAGUGAGCUGCCUGGCAACCUAGGACUCAAGGACCAAAGGUUGGCUCUCCUGUGGGUGCAAGACAACAUCCGUGACCUUGGCGGCAACCCGGGCCAGGUCACCCUCUUCGGGGAGAGCGCCGGGGCAGGAUCAGUGCAUUUCCACGUCCUGUCGCCCAUGUCUUCAGGUCUCUUUCGCCGAGUUAUCCUGCAGUCGGGAACAGCGCUGUGUCCCUGGGUGUUGAGGGAAGACCACAGGCAGGUAGCCACUAAGGUCGGUCAGAUGUUCAACUGUUCAGCUGGGGAUGAUCAGCUGUCACUGAACGGCACAGCACUUGUCGCCUGCCUGAGGAACGUGUCUUACCAAGAAUUAACUUCUGUUCAGUAUUAUAUCGUACAUCGCCUCAGUUCUGCAGUGAUGAAGCCACGUGUCGACGGCCAGUUUUUACCGGAGUUCCCCGCCACUAUGCUGCGAAAGGGCUGGUACAACAAGGUGGACGUUAUAUCUGGCAUUACCAAAGACGAGGCCGUUCUAGCUAGUCUAAGUGAGAUUUCUUUUUGA